UUAUCGAAUUAGCCAAACAAAAAUACAAAGAUAUUCAACAAGGAUGGGGUGGUCUAACUGAACAAAAAAACCAAUUAAGGAUCACUAUUUCUGGCUACGACGUAUUUACUACUGAGGAAGCCACCCAACUAGUUUUAGAGAAAAUUUUAAAAUUUGGACUUACUUUUAACAAACUUAAACCUAGUCCUAUUCGUUUUCCAACUGAAAAGGAGGUAGUUACGGUGCUGAAAUCCCCCCAUAAACAUAAGGAUGCCCAAGAACAAUUUGAGCGAAGAACUCACCGGCGAAAGAUAUUUAUUUCUAAUGUUUCUCAGAUUGAUUUGAAAAAGUUAGAAAGAGAGUUAAUAACACCGAUUUGGAAUUUUUGUCGAUUAGUGGCAAAUUUUCUUUUAGUGACUCGUCUCGCUUGUCCUGAACGUGAACGAUUAUUCCCAAAUAAUGAAUUGGCACGUAAGAAGUUAAUUAGCGAGAGCGAAAGAGUAAAAAUUAAUGAAAAUAAUUUAAAACUCGAAGAAAAAAAGGUUGAAAAUUUUGCUAAGCAAUUACUCCUCAAAGAAGAAUUAGUUACUAAACAAUUAAUUGUUAGUUCGCAAAAACAAGAGGAAAUCCAACAAAAAGCGGAAAAAUUAUUAAAAAUAAAAAAUCAAAUAGUGGAGGGUUUAGAAAGAGCCAUUCCAAUGAGUAGGGAAGAAGCUAAGAAGUGCUUAUUUUCGUUGCUUAAAGAAGAGAUAAUUCAAGAACUUCAUGAUUAUCAAGAGGAAGAAAUUUCUCGAGUAAAAAACAAAAUUAAGGAAGAAAGUGCGAAAAUAAUCUGUUUGGCUUUGGAGAGAUAUAGUUCAGAAUUAGUUUUUCCUAAGACAACUAGUACCCUACAAUUAGAAAAUAAGCAGACUAUUAGUAGAAUAAUUGGUAAAGAGGGGCGAAAUAUUAAUGCUUUUCGAAAGAUUACUGGAACUGAUUUGUUAAUUGAUAAAGAGAAUAAAGAGUUAGUGGUGCAAAUUUCUUCUUUUAAUUCUUUGCGCAGAGAAAUAGCUUUACAAACUUUAAGUUCACUAGUUAGGGAAGAAAGAUUUUCUCCGGUUCAAAUCGAGAAGACUUUUCAAAGAGUUAGUUCGGAGGUCAGCGAGUUAGCUAUUGAAAAUGGUAAAAUAGUGCUAAAAGAACUAGAAUUGACUGGUAUUCACCCCGAAUUAAUUAAUUAUUUAGGGAGACUUAAAUAUCGUACUAGUUAUGGGCAAAAUGUUUUGGAACAUUGUUUAGAGGUAGCUAAAUUAUCAGGAAGCAUUGCUGCUGAACUAGAUUUAAGUGUUUUGCUUGCCCGCCGGGCUGGAUUGUUUCAUGACAUUGGAAAAUCGGUUGAGGAUAGCGGAAGGUAUUCUCACGUUAUUAAUGGGAUUGAGUUAGCCAGAAGAUAUAAAGAACCAGAAGUAGUCAUUAAUGCGAUUGCUUCCCAUCACCAUGAUUAUCCCGCUGAUAAUCUUUACUCGCUAAUUGUUAUUGCGGCUGAUAAGUUAUCUGCGGCUCGCCCCGGAGCUCGCGGUUAUCAGUUAGAAGCUUAUAUUGAGAGAAUGGAUAGUUUAGAGAAACUUGCUAAAGAAAUCCCCGGGGUUAAAAAAAGUUAUGCUUUCCAAGCCGAUGAUUAUCAAGCUUGGGAAAUUUCCCAAAAAGUUAAGAAAAAAAUUAGAGAGCGAAUAAUUAUUCCGGGUGAAGUAACCAUUCAGGUAGUACGGGAAAAAAAGUUUAUCCAAAAAUUAAAUACUCUCGAGGAUCAUCAUAUUCAAGGCAUUAAAGAAAGUGAAUUAGAACCAGUUCAAGCAAUAAUCAAGAAAAAAACUAAAAAACCUUGGCCAAGAAAAAAACUAAAAAAUGAUUUGCCGAAAAAAAAUCCUUAG